UUCAGCUGCUCCUCUCCAGCCGGCGCUCAAAGCAAGGGAAAGACGCCGCCGCUCUCCCUGUCAUUUUCAUGAGUGAAAACACAAGGUACGAGCGCCCGGCUCUCGAGAGACUGUGGGUCCUCCCUCUCUCCCUCUCUCCCUCUUUCUCUCUCUCUCCGUCUCUCUGUCACUCUCACUCUCUCGCGCCGUGACUGCGUGUGUUUGACCAGAGGCUGCGCCUACAUGGGAAGUGAGAAGGUGCAGCUGGAGGAGCGCCCAGCAGCGAGAGAAGCGAGUCAGUCAGGAGAGAGCAGGAGAGCAGCCCUCAGCAGUGGCUCUAGAGAGAGAGAGAGAGCCACACUGACACUCACUGCCUUGCUCAACCACAGUCCAAAUGUACAGCAGUCCAACAGAAGACCAUCCUGGAGCUUUGGUGUGAGACAUCCGGAAUCCUGGUCCAUUCCAAGCUGGAGGAAUUUCACCGUAUCUGGUCAAGGAAAAGAACCGAGCAUGGCAGAUGGACCUUCUAAGACCAUCUUGAUUCAGUAACAGGUGGGAAACAGAUCAGCCUGAGAUUGUCUCAGCACCUGAAGAACCCAGUAUUGUGGACGAUCUACUUUCUAAGACCAUCUAAAGGCAGUAAGAAGUGCGGCCAGGUCAGCCUGAGAUUUUUACCACCAGAAGAACCCAGCGUGGUGGAUGAUCUACCUUCCAAGAACAUCUCAGCUGAAUAACAAAUGCUAGAUUGUCUUUGCUCACAGAAGAACGCAGCGCAGUGGAUGAUCCACCUUCUAACACCAUCUCAACUCAACAACGAGUGCAGUCAGGUCAGUCUGAGAUUUUCACAUCAGAAGAACCCAUCAUGGUGGAAGGCCUUCCUUCUGAAACAUUCUGUUCCUGUGUGGUUCCCAACUAAAAAAUAAGCGCAAUCAGGUCAGCCUGAGAUUUUUACCUCCAGAAGAACUCAAUAUGAUCGAUGGUCCACCUUCUAAGACCAUCUAAAUUCAGCAACAAGUGCAGUCAGGUCAGACUGAGGUUUUCACUGCCAGAAGAACCCAUCGUGGUGGAUGAUCUAUCUUCUAAGAGCAUCUAAAUGCAGUAACAAAUCAGGUCAGUCUGAGAUUUUCACAUCAGAAGAACCCAUCAAGUUGGAUAGUUUACCUUCUAGGACCUUCUAAACUCAGCAACAAGUGCAAUCAGGUCAGACUGAGGAACCCACUAUGGUGGAUGGUCUACCUUCUAAGACCAUCUCAAUUCAGUAGUAAGUGGGAUUAAAUCAAAUCAGUCGGCCGCCAUGCGACGGGACCGGUUCCUGCUGGCCGUCACUCUGACCACAGUCCUGGCAGCUGAUGUCUAUUUCGUGCUGCUGCCCAGGCUGAGAGCCUGGUAUCACCUCUCCAGGAAUGGCUGCACCUGCCAGGGGGUGAACGUUAGCAUCGAGUAUCGGGGACAAACUUUCCAAAAAUGGACCUCAGGCAACAACGCCACCUCUGAACAGGAGUCCAAGCUGGAGAGGCUGUUCAGCCACCCUCUGUACAACAUCCGCCUGCCGGAGCUCGCUCCAGACGAGAGGCUGCUGGAGGAGGAGGAGCUGAUGGGGUAUUACAGGAGGAAGGUGACCCGCUGGGAGAGGCAGCAGAAGUUGUAUGUCGAAGCCGCCGCAGCGUCCAACAUCUCCAUUCCCGAGCAACCUGUGACCUUUGACCCUAAUGCUAGCUGGCUGAAAUUCCACUUGGGUAUUAACCGCUACGCCCUGUACUCCAGAGAUGACCGCAGCAUCGACAGGCUACUGCAUGACAUGCAGAGCGCAAACAUCAUCAGUGCAGAUUACACUCAGGACGAGAAGGCCUUAAAGGGAGCCUGCGACUGCUCACAGGUGGUCAAGCCGAGUGGUCAUCACCUGAAGCUGGCACUGAAGUUGCAAGACUUUGGGAAAGCUAUGUUUAAGCCUAUGAGACAGGAGCGACACGAGGAGACACCUGAGGACUUCUUUUAUUUCGUUGACUUCCAGAGACACAAUGCUGAGAUUGCAUCUUUCCAUCUGGACAGAGUGCUGGACUUCCGGAGAGUUCCUCCUGUGGUGGGGAGACUCAUUAAUGUGACAGGAGAGAUCUUGUACACCACUCACAGCGAUGAUCUCCGCAGUGUCUUCUUCACCUCGCCAGCGAACAACACCUGCUUCUUCGCCAAGUGUCUGUACGUGUGUAAGACGGAGUACGCAGUGUGUGGGCACCCAGACCUGCUGGAGGGGUCCAUGUCUGCGUACCUGCCCGGCCUGAGCAUCGCCCCCCGCAUCUCCAUCCCCAACCCCUGGAUCCGCUCCUACACCUUCACCGGCAGAGAGGAGUGGGAGGUCAAUCCAGCAUACUGCGACACGAUCAAGGGGCUCUACCCUUACAGCUCUGGAAACCGACUGCUCAACAUCAUUGACAUGACCAUAUUUGACUUCCUCACAGGGAACAUGGAUCGACACCACUACGAAAUCUUUACCAAGUUUGGUGACGAAGGCUUUCUGCUUCACCUGGACAACGCCAGAGGGUUUGGACGGCAUUCCCACGAUGAGAUGUCCAUUCUGGCACCGCUGACCCAGUGCUGCAUCAUCAAGCGCUCCACCCUGCUGCGUCUCCGGCUGCUGGCCCGGCCCGAGUACCGGCUGAGCGACGUGAUGAGGGAGUCUUUGGGCCGAGACUCCCUCAUGCCCAUCCUGACCGAGCCCCACCUGCAGGCACUGGACCGGCGGCUGGGCCGAGUGCUGAAGACCGUGGGCCGAUGCGUGAAGAAGCUGGGCGAGGCGCAGGUGGUGGUCACGGACUUCGUGGCGUCCAGUGGCGCGACAGAAAGAGGGGACGAGGGUCAGAGUGGGUGAUAUGCAAGACAAGAGCGAGAAGAGAGAAGAAGGCUGGAGCUGAGGGACGUGUGGACUCUCCUCGGGCCCCAGAAAGACUUGUGGUGUUUUGGUUCCGUCAUAGUUGCCUGUGGAGCGAGCGUAACCUCUAGCUGAACGGAGCGAGACUGGUUGGUGUGCAGACAAUGUACCGGAUGUCAGAAGCUUCACAAACCACUGUUUUCCAGGACGAAAGUAUUGACAGAUAUAUCGUGAUGGUUCUGAGAAGCUGAAGAGGGGCUGCCUUUUAUCAGCCAGCUGCUCUCAGAGUGCGAGAGAAGGAAGAGGCUUUUUCUUCUAGUUUUCAGCUCCUUUUGAACACUCAUUAGUGACAGCUGAGCUGUAAUGAUCCUUCACACAAACAGGACACGUAAGCAUGUUUUAGUGAGAGAGGGAGCGAGAGAGAGAGAGAGAGAGAGGGAGAGAGGGAGAGGGAGAGGCGGAGGGGGAAGAGAGCAGUUAAGAGCUUGAUUUCUCCACAGGAAAGUGUACGCCAUUAAAACGUCGAAAACAGAUAGACUUUAUGGCUUUCUUUCCAGACGGAGAGCGAGCCGUAUAAUCCUUGGCUCUCUGUUUUGGAUGCAGCUCGUGGGCUUUCGUGUGGAAUCUCCAAAACGGCCCAGAACAGAAAUCAUCCGAAGCGUCUAGAGGCGGCCGUGCCUCGCCAAAGCUUUGUUCCAGCCUGCGAUAUGCGAUUCCUUGCAACACAAGUGUUGAUGCAAGGUGGUUUUAAAGCAGGAUAGAACAUGUUUGUUCAUUUUUUGCUUGUCGGGCAGCCGUAAUCGACCCACUUUUGUUCUCAAUCUGUGAAACUAAAACACUGGGCAGCAAGUGUUUGAGCCUAAACAAAGCACAGUCGUGCUUGGGGUUUAAUUCCCAUUCAAACAAGCUGAGCCUUUCUUUUUAAUAUAACCUAGCCUUGGUUUUGCCUGGGACAUUCUCACACACUUAAAGGGGCACUCUAGCCAAAAUGAGAAAUGUAACCAUGGCUACGUCUGUUGUAAAAAGGCAUACUUGCCUCCUGCUGCAGUUUUGCAGUGGGAUUUAAGCAAGAUUUUCAGGUUUAAAGCCUAGGAAGACCUUCAGACGGUGUAUCCUGAAGGUGGGACGAACUAUUAAGAUUAAAGGUGCACUUUAGCCAAAAUGAGAAAUAUAACCAUCAAUAUGUUUGUUGUAAAUGAGCCUACUUGACUCUUGCUGUAGUGUUGCAUUGGGAUUUGAGCAAAAUGCUCAGGUUUAAAGACUAGGAAAACCUUUGGAUGAUGUAUCUCGAAGGUGGGACGACCUAUAAAGAUUAAAGGGGCACUCUAGCCAAAAUUAGAAAUAUAUAAAUGGCUAAAUCUGUUGUAAACGAGCCUACUUGCCUCCUGCUGCUGUGUCGCAAUGUUAUUUGAGGGAGGUUUACAGGAUUCAAGACUAGGAAAGCCUUCGGAUGAUGUAUCUUGAAGGUGGGAGGAGCUAUUAAGAUUAAAGGUGCAUUCUAGCCAAAAUAAGAAAUGUAACCAUACUUGCCUCCUACUGCGGUGUCGCAAUGGGAUUUGAGCGAAAUGCUCCAAUUUAAAGACUAGGAAAACCUUUGGUUGGGUGGGAUGAACUAUUAAGAUUAAAGGGGGCCGUUAGCCAAAAUUAGAAAAUAUUACAAAAAUAUUAACGUAACAAAUAACAUAUUAAACGCUAGUUUUUGGCCGGAAUGCCCCUUUAACAUAAAGGUUAACGUGCCUUAAUGUACUAAAACAAUGAGGACAUAUUACUGGUAAACACAACAUUCUGUGAAAAGAACCAUGCAGUGCUUUUGUUCCCUUCCCACUUAAAAACGGAUGAAAAAAGGUUGAACCUCUAAUCCAAAAAUAAAGCAAAAUAAAGUACAGUUUUUACA